AUGGAUAUGGAAAUUCCGCAGAGACAGUUGACUAAGGAAGAAAUCAACAGAUGCUAUUUGAGGUGGCAGCAGUUACGUAACCAGCAUGGGGAGAAUGCCAGUACAAUUCCGGAGUUCAUAUACUUUACGAGGGUGUUGAGGCAGGCUGCGAAGCAGCAGCAGCAGCAGCAGCAGCAGCAGGCCCAGACGCCGCAGCAGGUGCCGCAGCCAAUGGAGAGACAGGGGUCUUCUGGAGGGGUUUCCAAUGGGGGUAUUUCACCGGGCAAUUCUAGUGGGAGUGCAAGUGCUGGGGUUGGGUGUAUGGCGUUUACCCAGGAGCAGUCUGAGUUGCUCAAGGCGCAGAUCACUGCGUUGAAGUGUUUGGCUCACAAGCAGCCCAUUCCGAAGGAGGCUCUUCAGGUGGUACAGGUGUCGUUGGAUAGUCCUCCGAAUUUGAGACAGAUGGUGACGGCUGUCACUAGUAUUCUGUCUCGAAGACAGGAGCAAAGCGGUGGGUCCGGGGAGACGGCAGAGACGGUGUCUCAUGGUGUACCGCUGCCGCAGCAGACGUCAGCUGCUGGUGCUGCCAGCAAGCGGUCGUCUGGGAGUCUAUCGCCCAGAUCUUCUGUGACGCCUGUAGGGAUAGUGGAUCAAGAUGCAAAGUUUCGCAUGGGCAGCGAUGCGUUUGCAGGGGCAGCUGUGCAGCACAACCAGCUGCCGUCCGCAGAAAGCCAGCUGCCCCCGAAGCAGCAGGCCACCCGCUCGCUAGAUGAGUAUAGAAAAGCGCAUCCAGACAUACCCAAGAUUGUCGACAUUACGAACCCUACAAUGAUAGUUGAUAGUUACAGCGUUCCUAAGGUGCCCAAUGUGGUCGAUUACGUGGACUUGUUUACAUCCGCUAAGAACCCAAAGUUGAUGAUACAGCCGGGGAUUUUACCGAUGGGGAUGGAUGUGCAUUCAGCGAUGGAAGUCUAUCAGACCUUAACGGCGCUUGAUAUAGACACUAGUGUGGAUGAUGCCUUGAACAGCCUUUCUGAUGAGUCACUUGGGGAGACGGAAAAAGCAGAUGCUCUUCUACAGUAUUAUUCUUUGCAGCUUUUGCCCCUCCAAAAGGCGGUCCGUGGUCAUGUUCUGCAGUUUGAGUGGUUUCAAAAUACUUUGUUGACCAACACGCAUCCAAAUUUCUUAUCCAAGAUCAGAAAGGUUAAUAUCCAGGACGCGCUGCUCACGAACGAUUUGUAUAAGCGGCACGAGUUGCAGCAGGAUGAGCGCCAGAAAUUUGAAAAGUCUGCCAAGUUGGAAACGAUCAUGGAAUACUCAAUUAGUUGGUUUAAUCAGCGCAUGGAUAAGAGAGCGGCCAGAAUGAAGUUUAGUCAUCGGCUAAUCACAGUUCAUGGCAACUUGGAGAAGGAUGAGCAGAAGCGUGUGGAAAGAAACGCCAAACAACGUUUGCAGGCAUUGAAAUCCAAUGACGAGGAGGCGUACAUCAAGUUAUUAGACCAGACAAAGGAUACCAGGAUCACCCAUUUGUUGAAACAAACUAAUGCCUUUUUGGAUUCCUUAACGAAAGCUGUUAAGGACCAACAAAAGUAUACCCAGGAAAAGAUACAUUCACAUUUGCAAGACGAAGAAAGUAGUAGUAGUAGUGGCUCGGAUGAUGGAAAGCUUAACAAGCUUUCGUCUGCUGUUGAUGUCGGCGAUGAUGAACGCGAGAGGAUUGAUUAUUACGAAGUCGCACACAAAAUCAAGGAAGAUGUGAAAAAGCAACCCAGCAUUCUUGUUGGUGGUACCUUGAAAGAAUAUCAAAUAAAAGGUUUGCAAUGGAUGGUGUCAUUAUUCAACAAUCAUUUAAAUGGCAUUCUUGCAGAUGAAAUGGGCUUAGGUAAGACUAUUCAGACUAUAUCCCUAUUAACGUACUUGUACGAGGUCAAGGGCAUCCGAGGUCCCUUUUUAGUAGUUGUGCCAUUAUCAACGUUAACCAAUUGGAAUGCAGAGUUUGAUAAAUGGGCUCCAACGCUACGCAAAAUUGCAUUUAAGGGUCCUCCUAGUGAACGUAAGGCGCUAACGGGUAUCAUAAAAUCCGGUAGUUUCGAGGUGGUUUUGACCACUUUUGAAUAUAUCAUUAAGGAGCGUCCCUUAUUGUCAAAAAUCAAGUGGGUACAUAUGAUUAUUGACGAAGGACACAGAAUGAAAAAUUCUCAAUCUAAAUUAUCUUUGACGUUAAAUCAGUUCUAUCAUACCGAUUAUAGAUUGAUUUUGACUGGUACACCAUUACAGAACAAUUUACCCGAAUUGUGGGCGUUGUUGAAUUUCGUAUUGCCCAAGAUCUUUAACUCGGUAAAAUCCUUCGAUGAAUGGUUCAACACCCCGUUUGCUAACACUGGUGGCCAAGACAAGAUCGAGUUAAGCGAAGAAGAAACGUUAUUGGUCAUUAGAAGAUUGCAUAAAGUUUUAAGGCCAUUUUUGUUACGUCGUUUAAAGAAAGAUGUUGAAAAGGAAUUGCCUGACAAGGUCGAGAAAGUUUUGAAAUGUAGGAUGAGCGCUUUGCAACAGAAGUUGUACGAGCAGAUGUUGAAGCAUCGUAGAUUGUUUGUUGUGGAUGAGCAAAGUAAUAAAAAAAUGGUGGGGUUGCGUGGCUUCAAUAACCAAAUUAUGCAAUUAAAAAAAAUUUGUAACCAUCCUUUUGUCUUCGAACAAGUGGAGGAUCAAAUAAACCCCAAAAGAGAGACUAAUGCGAAUAUAUGGCGUGUAUCUGGGAAAUUUGAACUUUUAGAAAAAAUCCUACCCAAAUUCAAAGCUUCAGGUCAUCGAGUAUUAAUAUUCUUUCAAAUGACCCAAAUCAUGGAUAUCAUGGAGGAUUUUCUAAGAUUCUGUGAUAUGAAGUAUUUGAGGCUAGAUGGUCAUACGAAGUCAGACGAUCGUACAACAUUAUUAAAUAUGUUUAAUGCCCCCGAUUCUGAAUAUUUUUGUUUCUUGUUAUCCACCAGAGCUGGUGGCUUGGGUUUGAAUUUGCAAACAGCCGAUACUGUUAUUAUAUUCGAUACAGACUGGAAUCCUCACCAAGACCUUCAAGCACAAGACAGGGCACACAGAAUUGGGCAAAAGAAUGAGGUUAGAAUCUUGAGGUUGAUUACUGAUAAUUCUGUUGAGGAAGUUAUUCUUGAGAGGGCGCACAAAAAAUUAGACAUUGACGGCAAGGUUAUUCAAGCAGGUAAAUUUGAUAACAAGUCAACAGCAGAGGAGCAAGAGGCCUUAUUAAGGUCUCUAUUGGAAGCCGAAGAAGACCAAAAAAAGAGGAGAGAACUAGGCAUAGAUGAAGAUGAACAAUUAGAUGACAGUGAAUUGAAUGAAAUUUUGGCAAGAAAUGAUGAUGAAUUGAAGUUGUUCGCAGAGAUUGAUGCUGAACGUAACCGGAAGCAGUUGGCGGAAGGUAUCACUUCUAGAUUAAUGGAUAAGUUAGAGUUACCUGAUUUUUACCACCAAGAUAUUGCUGCUCAGAUUGAAAAAGAAAAGUCUGAGCGAAUGUUUGUAGGUGGUAGGGGAACCAGAGAUAGGAAAGCAACCCAUUAUGGUGAUAGUAUGAGCGAGGAACAAUGGUUAAAGCAGUUUGAAGUUAGUGACGACGAUGAAGAUGGUAUCAUGCGUGCUACAGACCGCGCUUAUACCUCUGGUUCAAACUUUUCUACCAUUGUUGAUGAAAACUAUGACCCUAUUAUUCCUAUGAAGAGGAAGCAGGGACCUGGUAGACCUCCAAAGUUUAAAAAAGUUAGAUUAGACGUUGACUUUGAAGUUGACCACUUAUUACCCCAAACAACUGCUGAUGAUCCUCCCAUUGAUGGAUUGGUAAAAGAUAACCCAAUCAAAAACGAUGCAUCCCAAAUUGGGGGCAAGACAUCUAUUAAGUCAGUUAGGGUUACCAAGGCCAAGCCAAAAGUUAGAGGUCGCAGGGGUCGUCCAGCUAAGAAUGGUAGGAAUUUUUUGAGGGAUAUGCCAAAAAAGCCGCUGGACGAGAGGCACGAAGUCUCUCUUAAGGCUAAGCAGUUGUAUGACUACAUAUUGAGUUAUCGAAACGAAGAGUACAGAAGGUUAGCGGAUAUAUUUUUAGUUAGGCCGUCCAAGAAGUUAUAUCCUGAUUAUUACAUGUUGAUCAAAUAUCCUGCAGCCCUUGAAAAUGUUAAGAGACACAUAGAUACGCUGGCAUAUGAUUUUUUAAAGGAAGCCCUCGAAGACUUUCACUUAAUCUUUGCAAAUGCAAGGGUUUAUAACACAGAAGGCUCAGUGAUUUAUAACGAUUCCAUUGAGCUAGAGGAUGCAGCCGUCCAAAAGUAUAAGGAAUUAUCGGGGGAUAACAAUAUAGAGGUUGAUUUUAGUGAAUUUGAUUCGCACUAUGGUACGAUCGUACCAUUUUCUCAACAAAACACUCAGAAAAGUGUUAAUACCAGUGUAACACCUUGA